UCAGAAUCAAAAUCUUCAAAGAAUCAACAAAAAGUCGAGAAGCAAAUACUAGAUUUUUUCGGAAGGCCAAAGGCUAGCAUGGAGUCAUUUACAAAGUCUAGGACAACUGACGAUAGCCUGAUUAAACCAAAAGUUUGGUAUAAAUACCAUGAAGGAUCAUCAAAAGCU